AUGCUGAUCGGCUUAACAGUGCUUGAGGAAGUAGAUUCGCGAUUUCCCCCCUGCCUUGCUGACGCCAUGUCCAGCGGAGUCAUGACGCCCAAUGCCCUUCUGGCAGCGCCAAGCACCCCCAGUUUCGCAACAGUGGGGCUGAGCACCAUGCAACAAUACGUCGAUAAAGAAACCAUACCUCCACUAGAAGAAGCCCUAGCAGAAGCAGCAACAGCCAAGCAGGCGAUGACCCAAUCAGAGAAGGUGUUUCUACUCGCCAAAGCUCAACGAGACACCUGCAAGACACGACUACAACUCGCGACCCACAUGGUCGCCGAGGCGAAAAAAGCAGAAAAACAAAAAGGCAAGGCAAAGCCCAAGGACAGAAAGCAAGACACAAAAAAACACAAGAAGGACAAAAGAAAAGAGAAGGCGCUCCACAAAAAGAAUAAUGAAGGAUCAGGCACAGGAAGCGCUACCACCCACGAAGAAAUCGAAGAAGAUAUGGUUGGAGAAGGAGGCAUCCGAGACCUGCUUGAAGACAGGCGAACCGAUCCGGCUUCUCAGCUGCAAGUUUCGAAGUAUCUAGGAAUUCAUCGCCAACUGCGUCAGGCGUUGUAA